AUGAUGUACUUAGAUGAGCAAGCAGCUGCCAAGCAGCGGUCAGAAACUUCAAGGGGGGUCUAUGUGUUUUCUGAUUUAAAUCCUUAUGUUGGUCACCCCAACCCUUUAAAAGAAGGUCAGGAAUUGUUCUGCAAAGGGCUUUUGAGUGAAGCAGUGCUUGCUUUAGAGGCUGAAGUUUUGAAGAACUGA